CAGUUUUCAAUUGUUUUUUUUCAUUUCUUAUAAUUUCUAUUUUUGGGUUGCAUGUGUGGUAAACUUGAUAAUAAAUUAUGUAUCCUUGGAGCAGAAGGGGUUAAUGAUUCAAACAUCAUAGAUGUUUGUUGUGUAGAAUUAAAGAAAAUCAACAAACACCUAGUUGUUAUUUGUUGUUUUUUAUUACAAAUUUAUACCUCUUGUAUGGUUGGUGUUAUUUAUGCUUCUUAUACAAUUACUUGUUUGGUUUUGAUAAUUUUGAAAACUUUGGGCUUGUUUGGAAAUUAUGAGUUUCUUAAUGAGAGAGGUACAUGUUUGUCACAGAGUUUUAAUUGUUUAUCUGAUAACAAUCUUGCUCUAUUUCUAUGUCUAGGUAUUGUUGUUUGGAAUUAGAUUGAGCUUUGAUUUAGCAGUUUAGCAUCCAAGUGUUGAAUUCAAUUCUCAUAAACCUGUGUUUUGUGGCUGUAAAAGCAUCUGCAACUGAGAAUUGAUUUUUCAUUUUCUCUGGGAUAGCUAUUUUCAGGCCCUUAAUGUUGCUAUAAUUUCCCGCAAUGUUAUUCUGUCAAUGACAGUAGGAGGUGAAGUGGUUUAAAUUCAAAUGGAGCAGUAUGAAGUUCUAGAGCAGAUCGGCAAAGGUGCAUUUGGUUCUGCUCUACUUGUGCGGCACAAACAUGAAAAGAAAAAGUAUGUUCUCAAGAAGAUCCGUCUUGCUCGCCAAACUGACAGAACCCGCAGAUCGGCUCACCAGGAGAUGGAGCUUAUAUCGAAAGUUCGCAAUCCGUUUAUUGUGGAAUAUAAAGAUUCUUGGGUGGAAAAGGGUUGUUUUGUAUGUAUCAUCAUCGGCUAUUGUGAAGGAGGAGAUAUGGCCGAAGCUAUAAAAAAGGCCAACAGCGUUAACUUUUCUGAAGAGAAACUCUGCAAGUGGCUUGUCCAGUUACUGAUGGCACUAGAUUACUUGCAUGUAAAUCAUAUUCUUCAUCGUGACGUUAAGUGUUCAAAUAUAUUCUUAACAAAAGAUCAAGAUAUACGUCUAGGUGAUUUUGGUCUCGCUAAAAUGUUGACUUCUGACGAUCUUGCUUCCUCAAUUGUUGGGACUCCAAGUUAUAUGUGCCCUGAGCUUCUCGCGGAUAUACCCUAUGGCUCUAAGUCAGAUAUCUGGUCUUUGGGAUGCUGUGUUUAUGAAAUGGCAGCUCACAGGCCAGCUUUUAAAGCUUUUGAUAUACAAGCAUUGAUUCACAAAAUAAACAAGUCUGUAGUAGCUCCACUGCCAACUAUGUACUCUAGUGCUUUCCGAGGGCUUGUCAAAAGUAUGCUGCGGAAAAAUCCAGAGCUAAGGCCAACUGCUGGAGAGUUACUAAAUCAUCCUCAUCUUCAGCCUUACAUUCUUAAAGUUCACCAAAAACUAAAUAGCCCCAGAAGAAGCACUUUUCCGUUCCAAUGGCCCGAGUCAAACUAUGCAAGAAGAACUCGCUUUCUGGAACCAGAAUCUGUUUCUACACUUUCUGACCAAGACAGAUACUUUUCCUUAAACAAUCACAGGGCCUUGAAUCCUAGUAUUUCUGGUACCGAGCAAAGUUCUCAAUAUUCAACUCAACGGGCUCAAGAAUUAUCCAAUUGUUCAGAAGAGAAGCCCUAUGACUUAUCUGCUCGUGGUGUCCGUGAUUACUGCAAUACUAACAAAUCAAAAGUAAUAAAGUCUUCAACUGGUGAGAGAACACCGAGACUUAGAGUAGCUAAGGAUUCUGCUGGUGCCAGAAGACACACGAUGGCACCACCAAAGAUAUCGGCUACUGGUUCAAAGCGUGAAUCACUUCCGGUACCUCGCGCACCAUCUGGUAAAUCUACCAUGCCAACUCGAAGAACAUCGCUUCCGCUGCCUACAAGAGGCAGGAACACGACAAACUUAUACACCAAUUCUAGUUAUGUAAAUUCUCCCGAUGUUUCUGUCGAUGCACCACAAAUCGACAAGAUCGCAGAAUUCCCAAUGGCUUCCUCCGAGAACCCAUUUUUCCAUGUUAUUCGCAGACCAUCAUCACCAUCAGCCAAACGCUUUUCUACCUCAGCCGGGAGUGCUGAUUGCACAAUCACAAAAGACAAGUGUACAAUCCUUGUGGACAAAGUUACUGUCCCCGCUAGCAUCACUAAUGAGUGCUCUAACAAUGUUACAACCGGCGUUUCAAGCCACUCCUCACCUGAGUCGCGUCAACAUCGGUUUGACACCUCGUCAUAUCAGCAACGUGCUGAGGCAUUAGAGGGGCUACUGGAGUUCAGUGCUAGGCUACUGCAACAACAUAGGUUUGAUGAGCUUGGUGUAUUGCUGAAGCCAUUUGGGAUCGAGAAGGUUUCGCCAAGGGAAACAGCUAUUUGGUUGGCCAAGAGUUUUAAACAAAACUCUGAUCUAAGGUUUUCAAAUACACUUGCAUGAUCAUUGUAAAUGGAUAGUGUACAUUAAUAUCUUUGUAUAUUUGUCAUGAAAAUAUGAAGAGUGUGGCUUUGAUUAUCUGCAUUGGAAUUUUCCAUGAAAUGUACAAUGUUCUGGUAAUGACUAUGCUUGAUAUGGAAUAAUACUGCACAUCAAUUUGAUGUUCUAGUAA